AUGUCUCUCGUUCUUCAGCUUGCCGAUGAGGCCGACGCUCCUCGCAUUGUUGAGAUCGAGCGUCUUGCCUAUGCUUCCAACCCUCUCAACCCUAUCCUGUUCCCGGGACCGUUUCCGCCCGAAGCUACGGCAGCGCGUGCAGAAGGGCUCGUCAAGCAACUCCAUGAAGAUCCAACCGUCCGGUGGAUGAAGGUGCUAGAUACCGAGACGGGCGAGGUCGCUGCAUUUGCGAAGUGGAACAUCAUCAAGGAGCCCAGAGAGCGGUCUCGGGCUCGACAAUUUGGCCCUGGAUGCAACGUCGAGGCCUGUGAGGAGUUCUUCGGUGGAAUCCAUAGAAAACGAAAUGAACUGAUGGGAGGGAAAGCAUAUUGCUUACUUGAUCUACUCCAGACGGAUCCAAAAUACCAGGGGCGAGGCGCGGGAGGAAUGCUGAUCAAAUGGGGUCUUGAUAUCGCAGACGAGCUCCACCUUCCUGCCUAUCUUGAGUCGUCCCCCGUCGCCCACAACCUGUAUCAGAAAUUCGGCUUCCGAGAUAUUGACAAAACGACCCUUAAUCCCAAAUGGAACUACGGGUCGGCGGAUGCGAGCAUUUAUUUCAUGCGCAGGGAAGCAAAAUAG